UUUACGACAUCGUUGCGGCGGCGGCGGCGCUUUACGUUGUCUCGGAGUGUGUGAGACCGGCUGUUGUGAAGCUGCGGAUCGUGCAGCUUCUCUCCUCGGGCCGGGCUGUACAUGCUGCACCUCCCCACGGCCUCUGCGCCCCCCACACCGGCCGCUCGACAUGGACUAUGACUUCAAGGUGAAGCUGACUGGGGAGAGGGAGCGAGUGGAGGACCUGUUUGAGUACGAGGGCUGCAAAGUUGGCAGAGGCACCUACGGGCAUGUGUACAAAGCCAAGAGGAAAGAUGGGAAAGAUGAUCGAGAUUAUGCCUUAAAACAAAUAGAAGGUACUGGAAUUUCUAUGUCUGCAUGCAGAGAGAUAGCACUUCUACGUGAGCUGAAACAUCCAAAUGUGAUUUCUCUGCAAAAGGUGUUCCUCUCGCAUGCGGACAGGAAAGUCUGGCUCUUGUUUGACUUUGCAGAACAUGACCUAUGGCACAUAAUCAAAUUUCACAGAGCCUCUAAAGCAAACAAGAAACCGGUGCAGUUACCUCGGGGUAUGGUGAAGUCACUGCUUUAUCAGAUUUUAGAUGGCAUUCACUACCUGCACGCUAACUGGGUAUUGCAUAGAGAUUUGAAACCUGCUAAUAUUUUAGUAAUGGGUGAAGGUCCAGAACGAGGAAGAGUAAAAAUAGCGGACAUGGGAUUUGCCCGGUUAUUUAAUUCACCUUUAAAGCCUUUAGCAGAUUUAGAUCCUGUAGUUGUUACAUUCUGGUAUCGGGCUCCAGAAUUACUACUAGGAGCAAGGCAUUAUACCAAAGCUAUUGAUAUUUGGGCUAUAGGAUGUAUAUUUGCAGAGCUGUUAACGUCGGAGCCAAUUUUUCAUUGUCGGCAAGAGGACAUCAAGACUAGUAAUCCUUAUCAUCACGACCAGCUGGAUAGAAUUUUUAAUGUCAUGGGAUUUCCUGCAGAUAAAGAUUGGGAAGACAUUAAAAAGAUGCCCGAGCACUCAACUCUAAUGAAAGAUUUUCGCCGAAAUACGUAUACCAACUGCAGCCUUAUCAAAUAUAUGGAAAAGCAUAAAGUGAAACCAGAUAGCAAAACAUUCCACUUGCUUCAAAAGCUGCUCACAAUGGACCCAAUAAAGAGAAUUUCUUCAGAGCAAGCUAUGCAGGACCCAUAUUUCCUAGAAGACCCACUUCCAACUUCAGACGUCUUUGCAGGUUGUCAAAUACCUUACCCUAAGCGGGAGUUCCUGACAGAAGAGGAACCUGAUGACAAGGGAGACAAAAAAAACCAACAGCAGCAGCAAGGCAAUAACCAUACUAAUGGAACUGGACAUCCAGGAAAUCAAGAUAACAGCCACACACAAGGACCACCGCUGAAGAAAGUGAGAGUUGUUCCUCCGACGACUACCUCAGGUGGACUUAUUAUGACCUCAGAUUAUCAGCGUUCCAAUCCACAUGCUGCCUAUCCAAACCCUGGACCGAGCACAUCCCAACCUCAGAGCAGCAUGGGAUAUUCCACUACCUCCCAGCAGCCUCCACAGUACUCACACCAGACGCAUCGGUACUGACCUGUACCAGACAAAUGUGAAUGCACUGUUGCUUAGGCUGCAGGACAUGAGCAUGUAGCUGUCUGCCUGAAGCCUGGCAUUUUAAUGUACUGUACAACCACACCUUCAAAAUGUCCAGCAGCCAACGUACACAACAUUUGACCGAAUGUAGAUCCCAUGUGGAGGUUAAACUUGAGAGAGUGCUAUCACAAUUGGUGUUGUGUAUUUGCUACUUCCAUAGUUUACUUGAAAUGGUUCAAAUUGACCAAUGCAUUUCUUUCAGUGAUGGUAGCAGUUGAAGCUGUGAAGUAUGCUAGGAGCAAACCAAUAUUUUAUUUUAUUUUAAUUUUUUCCUUCCUUUCUUGUCUGUGAUGACUUUAAAACAAUAUUGUCUGACCAAUAGAAAUCUAAGAUAUUUUUUUUUUUACUGGUAAACCAUCACA